AUGACUGCUCCUGGCAAGUCUUUUAGAGAUGCGAAAAGCGUUAUUAACUUAAAUAAACAUUUGAAUAAGGAAGUAUAUGUAAAAUUUAGCGGAGGCAGAGAAGUCAAAGGAGUCCUGAAAGGCCAUGACGCAAUGUCCAACUUAGUUUUAGAUGACACUGUGGAAUUGCUAAGAAGUAUUGAUGAUCCGAGUACAUUAUCAGGGGAGACGAGAAACCUUGGACUUCUAGUGGCUCGCGGAACUUCAGUAAGUUUCGAGAGAUUAAACUAA